GGAAACAAAAUCUAUUUCUCAAAAAAAAAAAUACAUUUAUAUCUUUCCAGUAUAUUUUUACUCUUUCACCUAAUUGCCGUAGUUGUCAUCUCCAUCACUAUAAUUGAUAAUACACUUUAAAAUAUCCACUUAGGACUGUAAACAUGCUGAACUUUCACAAUGUAAAAGCUCUAGUUGAAUAUCGAUUGAGUUCCAUAUUUCUGUGUUAAAGCUUGUGUAAACCUUCUUAGGUUCGAUUUGUCAUCGAUCCUUCUACUAGAAAUUGCACCAAAUAUGUGGGUGUCAAUCUUAAUUUCCCGAAGCAAUUUUAUAAUGUUUUUAAAUUUACCCCAGUGUGCAAGUCCUCAAUCUAACCUUAAUACACACCAAUGAGUCACUACUUAAAGGUCCCUCAAUCUCAAUGGGCAAAUCCAUCAUGGAUAUAUAUAUACACACUGUUUGAGCUAAGAAAGCCUUAGAUCUAUCAUAAAGGAUGCUAAAUAUGAUGGGGUCAAAGCUAGAUCCUCUAGAAGUCCUUGUACCUUAAAAUGUGCUAGAAAUUUGCUCAGCCUCUCUAAUAGUUAGAAAAGGCCUUUGAUUUCAUUAAGUGUUCGUUUACUUGAGUGGAAAGUAAGAGGGACGCGAAAGAAUGAUAAUUUGAUUGCAGCAUAAGGUGAUAACUUUCAUUCCGGGGGUUCUUCUAGGACUGUCUCAUAUGAUCUGAAAGAGAGAUAAAUCAUGAAAAAUUUUGUCCAAGCCUUUGCAUGGGGUCAGGUGACCCGCGAUGCGUUUUGCAUACAUUAGGAAUCGACUUCGUAAUCUAUUAUAGCAACACUAUAUGUAAAUAUUAACUCUGCUAGCUCAUAGGGACAAGUUCAGACCCAGAGUAUCUAUCCAUUGUGCCAAAGGUGGAACUUAUCUUUCUCUGUCACCAUCUUUAUCAGCUUUAAACAUGAAGGAAUAUUAAGGUGGAUUCUACCUUAAUCUCAUCUGAUUAAAGACUACUCCCGGUCAAACCAAAUCCCAAGAAUUUGCUGUCCCAUGGCAAAAGGGUCUUAAUCCGGCCGGUUCGAUUGGGCCAAUCCGGUUCAAUUGGGUCUUUAAUCAGGUGGAUGCUAUUUUUUACCUUUACAAUGAAUCGAUUUAUUGCCACUUAUGUUCUCGUUCACGUGACUGUGGCGUGGAGGAGGGAGGCAUGAGAUUUGCUUUCAGUAACGACGACGCCACCUUUCGAUUCCAUUCCCACUCCUCAUUCCUCCACUGUCUGCGAUGGAGCUCCUCCUCAGACUCCUCCAAUUCCAUUCCGACGUUCUGAUUGUGUUCAUAAUCCUACCACUGCCACUCUGCUCAGCCCUAGCCUCCGCCCCUUCUCCGGUGGCGGCUGCAUUGCCAGAGCCACACGCAAACCUCACAGCCAUCAUGGCCCGAAAUGGCUGCUCCGCCUUCUCCCGCCUCCUUUCAGGGGUACCUGAUGCGGUGCAGUCCUUCGCAGACAACCUCGGAAGCGGUCUCACCGCCUUCUGCCCUGUCGAUGAUGCCAUGCGCCCCUUCCUGCCGGCGUUCAAGAACCUCACAGCCGACGCCAAGCUCUCGCUGCUGCUCUACCAUGCCGUCCCCGUCUACUGCUCCUUUGAGAUGCUGCAGGAUGGCAAUGGCAUCGUUUCCACCCUUGCCAGUGGUGCCGCCACGGACUACAAGCUUGCCGUGCAGAACGACGGGGAUCAGGUCACUCUGCGGACGGGGGUCAUUGUUGCCACCAUCACCGCCACGCUCGUCGACCAGAACCCCCUCGCGGUGUACGCGAUCAACGGGGUGCUUGAGCCGGUGGAGCUGUUCAAGCCUGCUCGGGCGCCAGCACUGGCCCCGGCGCCAGAGGUGGCGGAAAAAGCGCCGCCGGCCAAAGCAUCGUCAGAGACGGUGGAGGCGCCGACUAGUGCUCAGAAAGCGCCGGCAGACGAGAAGGCCGCUUCUAAGAGCGCCGCCACGAGGAAUACUGCUUACUUGUGGUUGGCAGUUGGGGCGGUCGCCAUGGCAGCGGCGGCUUGACAGACGUUGCCUUUCACUGCGCGUUUAUGUUUUCCUUCUGUUUUUGGUUUUAUUUUUUUUCCUUGUGCACUGUUUUUAUUCGGCGAGGAGGAAAUUCAUUGUGCUUCUUGUUGUUUAAUUUGAAUUCGUGUGCUUGUCGGAUUGCAUUUCGCGUGAACGAGACUUUGGAUGUGAUCGUUGUUAA